UUCUACGAAACCUACUGAAACGAUUUUGUUAGUUAAGCCAUUAGUUAAGAAUAAUAUGACAGUAACAAAUAGUACAACCGUUCAAAAUAACACGGAUACCGUGAAAGGUACACAAAUAACUAAUUUAACAAUGACUACUGAAAAUAAGGAAACCCAAUCUCUCCUCAAUGUUUCGUCGCUCUUGAAUUCGACUGUUAUCAAUGAGCCACCUGUUGUCGCAGCGUCCAAUGUCACGACAGCGUAUGUUACAGCAAAUUCUAAUGUAACGGUUGUUUAUGUCACUAACUGCACUACUAUAGAGAAGCAAAUUGAUCCGUUAUCUGUAAAAGGUUCCAAAAUUGAUCCUUCUGGAAAGGAAUGUACUGUUGAAAUACAAACGAAAAGCUCCUUAUUACAUAAUAAAAUUGAUUGCGGAAUUUUGAUGAAAUACGCUAAAAUGCCAGAGCCCAAGAAGCAGGACAGUAGUUUGAUGCCUUCAAGAGAGAAACUCAAGUCAUGGGCAUCUAAUCCUCCAUGGUGGACGUCCUUGUUUAUAGCUAUAUAAUAAUUUACAUCAUAUUUAGGUUUUAAGCGAAGUGAAGUAAAAUUGUAUUAAUCAUUUUAGCUAAAUUAA